UCUGGGAGGUUGUAUAGUGUGUGGAAGACCCAGGGUCAUACAGUGCUAGACAGCGUGACCCCAACCGGACACCCCCUGCAACCGGACAUGCCGAUUGUCAUCACCCACCCAAGCACACCACCUCCAACACCACCUUUCUUACUCAGUUCUUCUUCAAAUUUGUUCAAACUAAGAUCAUGGCAAACCUCAGAGAGCAGUGUAUCCAAUCCGCGCUUCAGAAUAUCCAGGAUAGCGUUUCCUUGCGUAUAGCGUCGAGGCGAUGGAAUAUCCCGAGGGCGACGCUGUCCGACCACGUACACGGAGCAGGAACGCGUCGCGAGAGCCAGAUUCCAGGCCAGCGGCUCUCUCCCUUAUAGGAGAGCUUCGUCGCCGACUGGGCUAUCAACGAGGAAAGCGCUGGUAGAGCUCCGAGUCGUCGUCUACUUAUAGCUUUUGCUGAAGCAGUACUAGCCGAGGGCGGAGAUCAUCGUCCUCUUAGAG